AUGCAGGAAAAUGCUACGACGUCAAAGUUCUCAAUCUACAUAGAGAACAUCCAUAAAGGGAUCCACGGAAGCGACAGCGGCUCGUACGAUGCUCAAGGGAGGUUUGUCCCCGCGAAGUUCAACGAGAUAUUCACCAAGCAUGGCAAGGUCGAACCGAAUGCUGUGAACGAGCGCGAGCUGGAGGCGAUGCGCACCGCAAACAGGAUGGACGGCGACGACAUAGGAAGGGCGGCGUCGAAGGCGGAGUGGGACUUGUUGUACAGCCUCGCCAAGGACAAGGACGGCUUCCUUCAGAAGGACGCCGCGCGCACCGUCUUCGACGACAGCCUCUUCGUUCUGCUGGCGAAGAACGGCUCGUCUCGAAAUUAA